ACUAUAACUAUAUGAGAAGUGGACACGUGCAAUAUUCAAAUGGACGAUGUGAAUACGUAGUGAGGAUUAAUUUAAACAAGAGAAACUGGGCAGAGAAGCUGAUUAACAUGUCCCAUAGCAUAACUUUCCAAGGUUUCAUUAUCAUUCUACACAUACUACACCCCCCCAAAGACAAUUUUCUAAUUAUCAUUGAGUGACAAAAUGCCAGCUAGUGACAGAAUUGUAUAGAUGAAACUCAAGACUUAUCUUCAGGGGACUAAUAAGAUGCUGAGGGAAAUCACCUUAUAUUAUGAAAAGAUAAUAAAUCACAUGACGCUAGUCCCUCUGGGCUGGAACAUUCAAGGUUUUACAGUUGAUCUCUUCGGAAUUAUUUUAUUACCUUCAAAUAAUAACAGGCAAAUAUAUGAACCUAGCCUGUUAAUGCAUUUAAAAGAAUAACCUAUGUUUCUUUCAUAAGAAUCCAUUCAUUCACCCAUCUUGUACUGUGCCAGAAAGAGGAAUUAAGGCCACUCCUUUUAAUUUAUUCAGCAUCCCAUCUUUUAGAAUAUGGGGAGCAGAACCAGUUUCAUUUCCCAUAGGCCAAAAAGCUGUGAGACUUGGGGGGAGUCAAGCAAUUACCAGCUACUUGGUCUUUUUGCAGAAAUACACAAAACGUGUAGAAUCGCUUAAUUUUGUCCCCUCCUAACCUCUUCACUUGGAAAUUGGUUGCUCGGGCGAAUGUUGUUUUUCCCCUCCGCAGCCAAGUGUGAAGAUCGAUUAACACUUGCUCGACAAACCCCUUCCAGGGCCAUUUGGGAGCUGCACGCGUUCACACCGGGUUCCGUCCACUGCGCCUUCACGCGCAGCCUUUUUGUUUAUGCGGCUAGCAGGGCAGAGAGGGGCGGAGAGCUAGCGAACCUCUCUAAGUGCGGCAGGCUGCUGAGGCUAUAUAAACUCAGGUCUCGGGCCUGGUUUGUGAAACGGAUGCCCAAUGGCCCCGGAAUGGCCGAAGCCUCCGGAAAGCCUUCCCGAUACAGGCACCCAGUCAGACUUUUUUGGCCAAAAUCAAAGUGCUAUGAUUACUUAUAUCAGGAAGCAGAAGCUCUUCUGAAAAAUUUUCCAAUUCAAGCCACAAUUUCAUUUUAUGAAGAUUCUGAUAGUGAAGAUGAAAUUGAGGAACUGAUCUGUGAAAAUGAAUCUGAUUAGUUGUUUUUGAUGACAUUAAAAGCCUGUAGGAUUUGAAUUUAGUGUGCAAAUAUAUCAUAAUUCUUUAAACUUAUUUAUUUGUAUAUAAAUUAUUAAUAAAAUGAA